CCCUCUGCGAGCAGAAUGUCCCCGCACGUCUCGCGCCUUAAGUUAAGCAGACAGACAUGGAGAGCUAAAGCAACGGCCUGGUAGUGCGGUCCCAGCAUCACAAAACUCACCCACUGCUCCGGAUAUCUGCACUUUGAGACAGUAAGCUUUUAUCGAAUAGACUCGACUGAUACAGAUUGAAACGGACGACACUUGAGAGAGGCUUUUUCGGUUGUUUUAGCCUACCCUUAAGCAGCCAAACAUGAAAAGCAAGUUACUUGGCAACUGGUGCUCCCGGACCGGUGACUGAAGGACCUCUGGAGUGUUCCUGUGAUCUGCGACUUCAGAGCAGCUUCCCAUCAUGUCUGAGGGCUCUGUGUUGAGCGCUUCAUGUUGAGAGAACCACUCCCUCACCGAUGCUAGCCGGACAUCUAAUGUUGACAGUCGAACAUCUCUCACCUUUAGCUCACAGCAAAGACCUGAAGGUACCCUUCAGCAGGUGGACAUAAGGAUUAGACCGAUGACCCAUGUACCAUGACAUCUUUGAUUUGUAAAUCAUGUGUAACAACGCAACCCCAUUUUACUAAUGCUGCCUUAGUCUAGUAUUUCCGAUCAUGAUAUAGUUUCAUUCAAUUUCUUUUACUCUACACAUUUCUUUGGGGUUGGUAUGGCAACCUCCUCCCCAAAGCGGGAGCAACCAGUUCUCCAGCUGCAAGAAGUGCACUCCAGCAAGAUGGGCUCAGCCCACAUCCUCACCCCCGUCCUCAGAUCCCCCCCCUCCCCCAGCCUGGCCCUGGACUCCAGCCACCCCAUAUGCAUCCCGUCCCCUUACACCGACCUGGGCCAUGACUUUGGCGCCGUGCCCUUCUACGGCCCCACCAUCUUCAGCUACGCCGGCCCCGGCUUACCGGAUCGCUCGCCCGUUCGGCAGUCUCUCAGCCCCUCCUUCUUCUGGCCAGGCCACGCCCACAUGGGACCGGCCAUCCCCCUUCACCGCGCCCUGUCCUGCCAACGCGCUCAGCCCCUCCACGGUUCGUGGGCAGAGCUGUCCCCACAGGAAAGCGUUCUCGCAGACAGCAGCAAGGCCCUGACCAAGUGCCCCCAGGACAGCGAGGAGAGUGUGGUGUCGUCAGGGGGGAAGGCUGACCUGCACUUUUGCGCUGUGUGCCACGACUACGCGUCGGGCUACCACUAUGGGGUCUGGUCGUGUGAGGGCUGCAAGGCCUUCUUCAAGAGGAGCAUCCAGGGGCACACGGACUACAUCUGCCCCGCCACCAACCAGUGCACCAUCGACAAGAAUCGCCGCAAGAGCUGCCAGGCUUGCCGUCUCCGCAAGUGCUAUGAAGUUGGCAUGACCAAGUGUGGCAUGCGGCGAGAGCGCAGCAACAUCCGCAACCCCCAGUUGCGGCGGGGAGGGCGUGGGUCGUCACGGGGCGGGGCCUGCCGUCCGAGGAGAGAGGCCCUGGGCGGCGAAGGAGCGGCCGGGGGAGGGGCUCUGGUGGAACUGGUCUCCGCUGUGCUCACGCCCAAGCAGCUGAUCGAGCGGAUCAUGGAGGCGGAGCCGCCAGACAUCUACCUCCUGGGGGACAUCAAGAGGCCGCUGACCGAGGCCGGCGUGAUGAUGUCACUCACCCGCCUCGCCGACAAGGAGCUGGUUCACAUGAUCAGCUGGGCCAAGAAGAUUCCAGGGUUUGUGGAGCUCAGCCUGCUGGACCAGGUGCACCUGUUGGAGUGCUGUUGGCUGGAGGUGCUGAUGAUUGGGCUGAUGUGGAGGUCUGUAGACCACCCUGGCCAGCUCAUCUUCUCCCCAGACCUCUGUCUGAGCAGAGAGGAGGGCAGCUGUGUGCAGGGCUUUGUGGAGAUCUUUGACAUGCUGGUGGCGGCGACGGCGCGCCUCAGAGAACUGAAGCUGCAGAAGGAGGAGUACGUCUGCCUCAAGGCCAUGAUCCUGCUCAACUCCAACAUGUGCCUCAGCUCGUCUGACGACGGCGAAGGCGGCGAUAGCGGUGGUGACGGGGAGAUAAAGGGUCGCUCCAGGCUGCUGCAUCUGCUGGACUCGGUGACGGACGCCCUGGUGUGGGUCAUCAGCAAGACGGGCCUCACCUACAGGCAGCAGUACACCCGCCUGGCCCACCUGCUCAUGCUGCUCUCCCACAUCCGUCACGUCAGCAACAAGGGCAUGGAUCACCUCCACUGCAUGAAGAUGAAGAACAUGGUGCCGCUGUACGACCUGCUGCUAGAGAUGCUGGACGCCCACAUCAUGCACAGCAGCACCCGCCUGCCCUGCCCCCCGCCGCAGCCCGCCGGGCCGGACCAGCCCCCCCAGGCGGACAGACCCCCGGCGCCGCCCCCCCUGGUCUCCACCACGGGUCCCAGCCACACCUGGACCCCCACCAGCAGCAGCAUGGACCAGCAGGAGUAGAGCCGGCUGGGGGAGAGGCGGGAGGAGACUGCCUCCUAUUUUCUUUUUCCUUCACCCAUUCUCCGGCUCCACCCUUACCGUCAGUGUGACCCCUUCUUGCAUCUAGCAGUGGUGCAGCAUCGUCGCAAGACACCGCUUCCAUCAGCCAUGCAGCCAAUAAUUCAUAAAUACUGAAAUUAUUGAGUAUAAGGUGCUCUGCUAAAUAAACAAUGAAUGAUGCGCCAAUUAACCCCUUAGAAAUGCUUUGGACUAAAUUUAGGAAGCAUAAAGAGAAAAUGAAGGGUGUUUUAUAGCCGCUAAAGGGCCGACUAAUUGCUCUUCUUUGGCCUGCUACCUUAACCCCAGACAUCAUAUUAAUAGACCGAGAGUCUGGUGUUGUGUGAACAUUUCUAUUUAGCCCCCUAUCAUAACGAGGCAGCUGAGUAGUUACUGCUACUAAGAUAACAGUCUACUAAGUCUGUUAUUCUUAGCAUGGCAAUUGAUUGACCACGUGACCGACGUCAUGUCUUUAUUUGAAGUUAACUACAAGGAUGAUGCCUGAUCACAAGUAUCCGACUCCAUUUCAGAGUUAUAGGAGCAUAUGGGAAGCUUAUUGGUAGUAAUGGUGUUCUGGUCUUGUCAUUAAUUGUGACAUGGUUUGUCAUAGGGAGAUAUUGUUAUGUUUGAUCUGCCACAGCGUUUCUCAUGCAAGACGUGGCAAAGCAACGUUUUUAUUGACCUAAAUUACGCUAUAUUUACCCUGAUUAGGAUUUGACAUCACAAAUCCCUCGGUAUGUAUGGGUAAGGAUGGGUUUGUGUCCAGCGUCCACAUAUUACAGAUGCGCAACCAUGCACCAUCCCCUCUUCACAGACAAGUUUUACAUAAAUAAGUAGAUCUCACGCGCAGGCAACAUUUCCUACUCUGCAUCCAUUGCUUCAUUCUCUGUUCUGUCUAGCCUAAAUCGCUUGUCUACAGAUGUGUACAUUUGUUUACAGAGCUAAUAGUUGUCGUUCCCCAAUGACACUUAAUGGAGACCUUGUAAGGGGGUGUUUCAACCUUUAAGUUGAUUAUCAAUAAUGCCAUUUGAUGAUCUAGAGCAGUGAUUUGGACAGAGAAGCAACGUAAUACCAUAAUAUAUCAAAACGCAUAUCAUAAACCAUUUUAGCUUUAGCUAUUAUACAAUAUAUAAACAUUCACUCAUUGGCCUUAGUCUAUGGAUUGACAUCAACGUUCAACAUGUACAGAUGUAUGUUUGGAUAGUCAGCGGGGGGUGAGCAUUGAAGGCCCCAGCCAUGGGUUGGCACAUUCUGGAGGACCCUGUAUAAAAGGGACUUUGUGAACCUCUGAUCUAUCAAUUACUCCCUGUUGUAUUUUUAACAUAAGUUUAACUAUUAGUUAUGAAUACAAGUUAUGAAAGAAACGGUUGAAGUGAAACAGGAAGCCAGGUUAGUGUAUAAUAAUGACAAUGCCUGACAUUCAGAUGAGCUACCGGAUGGACAUUCCCUUUACUCGUAAAUAUGUUUUUUGUUUUGUAAACAUGGCAUUGUGUAACCUUGUUGAGUGCUCUGCUGUUUGACAGUGGGGUGCCAUAUUGUGCCAAAACAUGCUUGUGAGGACUGAAAAUUUUUUUGAACUCAAGCAAUCCAAGUGUUGUUUCUUAAAAAAAAGAAGAAAAAUCUGUGUGCCUGAUAAGUUUUGGAAUAGAUUUUAGUUUCAUUACUCAUCACUGCCUAAAAGGCCCUUCUUUUACAAACCACAAGCUAAUUUAAAAAUUUGCCUUAAUAUUUCUAAAUGUAGCCCAAAGCACUGACAAUACCAGCCUUGUGUGCCAUUUGAGUAAUGGCAACUUGUGAUCCUUGCACAAACCAUUAGGCCUACUAAUCACCUAAAGAAGAACAGCAGUUGAGGCCAUGUAAGCUGUACGGAUAACAUUUUAGUGGUACGGAACAGGCUACCUGUACAGAACAUUCUAGCUGUAUGGAACAAUCUAGCUGCACGGAACAUGCUAGCUGUACAUAACCAUGCUAUAGCUGUAAUGAUAACAUGUGAGCUGUAUAGAUAACAUGUUAGCUGCACGGAACAUGCUAACUGUACAGAACCAUGUUAGCUGUACAGAUAACACGUUAGCUGUACUGAACAUGCUAGCUGUACAGAACAUUGCAGCGCUUUCUUUGUCAAACUCAGGAUAAAGCCCCUGUAAUGUGUUUCAGGGUAGCCUUUGCCUUUUUUGGGUUCAUCUUUCAAACUAACCUGUAAUGAAUGUAACCGAUUAUAGUAAAGGAACGUUUUGGACUGAUUGUGAAGCUGGAAGUCAGUCAUAAAUUGCUUUAUUUCCUCUUCUGUGCUUUUCACAUACGGGAAUUUCAAUGUCUGGAUAUAAGUCCUACCUGGUGAUAUUAAGUGAAGUGUGACGAUUAUGCAGCAGCCGUCUAUGCAGAAAAAGAGGGGGAAGGGUUUGUGUCCGCACUGCGUCCUCAUUGUUAUCCAGUCCGAGCUUUAAGCUUCACCGCCAAACUUAUCUGUCUGGUUAUGCUUAUUCACACACAAGUCUAUUGUAAGAUGAUGUUGCAUUUUUCAAUGUAUUUGUUUUGCUUGAAGGAGACGGAAAUGCUAUUUUUGUAUUUUAAAAUUUUGUCUAUUUUGCAGCUUGACAAUCAUGAAUUUGCACUGCAACCUUUACUCCAACUUUGACACGCACCUUAAACCUAACAUUAAAUAUCUGGCUGAAUCAAAUAUG